AAAUUUUUUCAAAAAAAAAAAAAAAAAAAAAAAAAAUUUUAAAUAAAUAAUAAAUUUAAAAUUUAUUAACAAAUUAUGGGAACUUAUGGAAUUUGUAAAGAAUGUGAAAAAGAAAAUACUGGAUAUCAAUGGUGUAUAGAAUGUAAUUCAAAACAUUUUCAACAAAAUUUUAAAAAUUGGACUAGUAAUAAUGAUGAUAUUAACAAAUUAAUUCAAGAAACUCAAUUAUUAUCAAUUAAUCAUUAUAGAGUAUUAGAAUGGAUACCAUACAAUAAAUUUUAUGAUAUUGAAUAUAUUGCAAAAGGUGGUUUUGGAAAAGUAUAUAAAGCAAAAUGGAUUGAUGGAUAUAUUCAUCAUUGGGAUACCAAUGAAAAUCAAAAUUGGAAAAGAUUUAAUUCCAAUGAAUUUGUAGCAUUGAAAAGUUUAAAUAAUUCAGAAAAUGUUACACUAGAAUUUAUAAAUGAGAUUACAAUGCAUUGUAAAGCUAUUGAAGACUCUUAUAUUUCUUUUAUUGUUAGAGUUCAUGGAAUUACACAAGACCCGGAAACAAAAAAUUAUAUGAUGGUUUUGCAAUAUGCGGAGAAAGGAAGUUUACGAAAUUAUUUAAAUAAAUAUUAUAGUAAGUUAGAUUGGAAAACUAAACUUUUUUAUUUGUGGAAUAUUGCAUAUGGACUUGAAACAAUCCAUGAAAGGGAACUAAUUCAUCGAGAUUUACAUAUUGAAUAUAUGGUGUUUUACCUUAUAUCGCUCCUGAAAUUUUAAGAGGACAAAAUUAUACUAAAGCUGCUGAUAUUUAUAGUUUUGGUAUAAUUAUGUAUGAAGUAAUUUCUGGAUUAUUUCCGUAUUAUGAUUUAAGUCAUGAUGAAAAUUUAGCAAUAAAAAUUUGUCAAGGACUUAGGCCAAGAUUCAAUAAUAUUAAAGUUCCCCAAUUAAUUGUGCAUUUAAUUAAAAGAUGCUUGGAUGCAAAUCCAUUAAAUCGACCAAAAGAAAGAGAAAUUAGUGAUAUUUUAAUUAAAUGGAAUGAAUAUGAUAACAAUCAAUCAGAAAUAGGAAAACAAAUUAAAGAAGCAGAAGAGAUCAAUAAUAAUUUGCCAACUAGCAAUAUGUCUUCAGUUAAUUUAUCAUAUGAAAUACAUUCAGGAGCUGUUUAUACAAGUAGAUUACUUAAAUUUAAUAAUCUUCCAGAACCAAAAAAUUCUGAUGAUUAUUAUGAACAAAAUGAUAAUAUAAUUAGUGAAAAAUUUUCAG